AUGUUGUCCUCCAACAGGAAUGCCUUGUCAGCGGGUUUGCUCCUAGUAGCAUCAUCAUGGGCACCUCUGGCCAGCUCGUUGGAUAUUACCUACUGCGCUAGCUUCAAUACUGCCGAAACAUCCAGCAACCGAAGUAUCUACCAAACCAAUGGCCUCUGCCAUGACCGCUGUGUUGGCGACUAUGCCUUCGCCAUCACCCAGGAUAAGCUAUGCUGGUGUUCCAACUACGCCCCUUCCAAAUCAUCACAAGAGGAUAUCUCGAAAUGCGACCAGACCUGUCCCGCAUGGCCCGGAGAGUUCUGUGGCGGUCCCGGCGUAUACGGGUACGUGCCACUCGAAAUCGAGCCAUCUGGCAGCCGGGGGCCAUCUCCAUCAUCAACCAAAACCGAAGAAGAAGAAGAGACCUCGACGGAGGCAGAGGCCACCUCGACCGACGAGGAAGUAUCCACCACAGCCAGUGCAACAAAAGAGGCCAGUUCUAUCGUUCAGACCGUCACUGCCGGGGGUACUAUCAGGACAGUAACUGUGGCACCGACACAGCAGACCGCCGGUACCCAAGCAAGCGAAAGCGCUGGCGAGGCCACAGAUAAAGGUGGAAUGAAUACCGGCCAGGUUGUCGGUAUCGUGGUGGGUGUCAUUGUUGCAGUCAUAGGUGCAGCUGCCUUGGCCCUAUUCUUUUGGUUCCGUCGCAAGAAGCAGCAGAACGAACAGGAAGCCUACCAGGAUGAUCCCAGUAUCCGAGAUAGCUCCUCGGGUAUUGCUCAACGGCCUGAUAUGAGCAUGAACGGUGGCUCCCAGAUAGCAGCCGGUGCAGCCGGCAGUCGUAACAGCACUCUACAAGUCGACCCGCGAAUGGAUCCGUUUAAGCAGGGAUUGUAUGUCAGAAGCGCGAGCCACGAGAGCAUCAACACAUUGCGAGACGACCACGACUAUUCGAGGAGAAUCCAGCCACCUAAAGUAUUGCGUGCAACCAACCCCGAUCCAUCAACGGAACCUUGA